CUAAAAGGGCCUGGCCCUCGUUUCGAUUUUGUAUUCCACCAUCGUUCACCUCGUCAUGCAUCCAACAACUUCCGCCGUACUUAUAGGGUUUCUCCUCCUGAUUAGCGUGUACUUCGUCACACGCCGGCCAAAAUCAUCAUCUUCUUCUUUGCCCUUACCGCCAGGGCCCAAGCCACUGCCUCUGAUAGGCAAUGUCCAUCAAGCUCCCAAGUCCCAUGGAUGGAGGACCUAUCGCCAAUGGAAUGAGCAGUAUGGACCCAUCGUUCACCUCAACAUGCUUGGACAACCGCUCAUCAUUUUGUCGACCUCGGAAGUAGCCCAUGACCUGCUCGCAAAGCGUGGAGCGAUUUUUUCCGACCGACCUCGACUGUUUCUGGCGACGGAGCUAGCAUUAAAGGGGCUCAACAUCCUCAUGAUGAACUACACCGAUCAAUUCCGGCAUCAUCAGCGGCUCCAGGUGUCCGUGCUGAACGCGACUCCAGCAGCCGCAUACCUCCCCAUCCAAACACUGGAAUCACAGCAGUUGCUGUACGAUCUCUUGCAAACAAGCGCGAGUACAGGAAUCGAUGUCCAAGGGGCGUUCCAGCGGACCACAGCGAGUAUCAUCCACACCUUACUGUACGGCUUCCGGAUCCAGGAUCCCAACGACCCCGUCCUUCGUAGCGUGGUCAAGCUCAACGAGGAGUUCUCCGAGUUCAUUCAGGUGGGCGCGCAUAUUGUCGACCAGUUCCCGGUGCUGAACCACCUACCGGGCUUUCUGGCGCCCUGGAAGGCGAAAGCGGAAAAUCACUACCGCACCAAGUAUGCCCUGCGUCUCAGCAACUUCCGGCGGGCGCUGGAAGACUCGGACUCCUGGAACAUCUCCAAGCAUCUAAAGGAGACCGUGGAAAAGGAUGAUGAUCGUGACAUGCCGCUGGACGAGCUCGCCUUCGAGCUGGGAACGAUGAUCGACGCAGCGCUCGACGGCACGACCGACAGCCUGGUGUGGUUUGUGGUGGCGUGUAUAACCCAAAACCAGGGCUUCAUCGCCCGCGCCCGCGCCGAACUCGACGCCGUGGUCGGCCAGGACCGGCUGCCGCGGCCCGACGACAAGCCCAACCUGCCGUACAUCACCGCGAUCGUCGAGGAAGUGCUCCGGUGGCGGCCGGCCGGCCCGGAGGGCGCGCCGCACCUCAACCGCGAGGAGACGACCUACCACGGCUACCGCAUCCCCAAGGGCUCGGUGGUCGUGGCCAACAUCUGGACGAUCGCCCGCGAGGAGGCCGUGUUCGGCCCCAACACCGACGGCUUUAUUCCGGAACGCUGGCUAGAUGACCACGGAGCAUUACGCUCCUCUCUUCCGGCGCCCGCGUUCGGGUAUGGACGACGGACCUGCCCCGGGCGGUACUUCGCGCGCAAUGUCCUCUGGAUCGUGGUGGCGCGGCUGCUCUGGUCGUUUGAUAUCAGAGCCGGUGUGUCCGUGGAGACGGGCGAGCCGAUCCCCGUCGACCCGGAAGCAUGCACCUACGGUCUGGUCAUGCGCGCGCUGCCCUUCACGGCGCGAUUCAUCCCGCGCGGAUCGUGGGUGCGUGAGGCGAUCGCGCGAGCGGGGGACACUUAUGGCACGGAUCACACGGCGCUACUUCGGCAGAUUGGGGCGGAGUUUUAAAAGCUGUAACUAAAGGGGCCAGUCCUCAGUAACACUGUGU